AUGGGAAAUAAGCCCAAAAAGGAUAAGUUGGGCGCCGUCUCUAAGGGCGCCCCUAUGAAGCACAAUGAACGGCUAAUUUGCCCGGCUUCCCGAGGGAUAUGGUACUCAGGGGAACUAAACUUUGCCUUGGAAUAUGGUUACAAGGUUCAUAAGGCUGAUUACCAUGGGUAUCGAGUUCCAGAGAGGCCCCAGGCUAAGCUCUUAAUGAACUCCUUGUAUGGCCGAUUAGGUAUGAAGGACAUAUUUAACCAAUCCGCGAUAGUAGAAGAUAUCACCGCUAUUUCUAUUCACCAUUCUAUCUCAAUGAAUCUUAAGUUUGAGUCGGGGGUGGGUUAUGGUAUGCACACUAACGUGAGUAUUGCAGCUGCGAUUACUGCUAACGCGAGGCUAAUCAAGGGUCGAUUGAAAGAUAUCGUAGCUUACAGAAUCUCUAGUAACAGAAUACCUUUUGAUUUAAAGUAUGUUAAUGCGGAGAUGGGUAACCUUAAAUCUUCAAGAUUCUUCAUUGCCCCUGGCUUAUCCUAUAUAGAGGAGGAAGGAAAAGACCCCACCAUUAGAAUAGAGGGUAUGGUAAACGGUUAA